AUGAGCGAGACGGUCAUCUGCUCUAGCCGGGCCACUGUGAUGCUUUACGAUGAUGGUAACAAGCGGUGGCUGCCUGCUGGCACAGGCCCCCAAGCCUUCAGCCGCGUCCAGAUCUACCACAACCCCACGGCCAACUCCUUCCGGGUCGUCGGCCGGAAGAUGCAGCCGGACCAGCAGGUGGUCAUCAACUGUGCCAUUGUGCGAGGUGUCAAGUACAACCAGGCGACCCCCAACUUCCAUCAGUGGCGGGAUGCCCGCCAGGUCUGGGGCCUCAACUUCGGGAGCAAGGAGGAUGCAGCGCAGUUUGCCGCGGGCAUGGCCAGCGCCCUAGAGGCCCUGGAAGGAGGUGGGCCCCCGGCACCUGCGGCACCUGCAGUACCUCCCACGUGGUCAGUCCAGAACGGCCCCUCCCCAGAGGAGGUGGAACAACAGAAAAGACAGCAGGUGGCCCAGCCGGAGCACGUGGAGCGGGAGCGCAGGGUCUCCAAUGCAGGAGGCCCACCUGCGCCCCCAGCUGGAGGGCCGCCCCCGCCUCCAGGACCACCCCCUCCUCCGGGUCCCCCUCCGCCCCCGGGUCUGCCCCCCUCAGGGGUCUCAGCUGCAGGGCAUGGCGCAGGGGGAGGCCCACCCCCUGCGCCCCCUCUCCCGGCGGCACAGGGCCCCAGUGGUGGAGGAGCUGGAGCCCCUGGACUGGCGGCAGCCAUUGCUGGAGCCAAACUCAGGAAAGUCAGCAAGGAGGAGGCCUCCGGGGGGCCCUCGGCCCCCAAAGCCGAGACCGGGAGGAGCACAGGUGGGGGGCUCAUGGAAGAGAUGAGUGCCAUGCUGGCCCGGAGGAGGAAAGCCACACAGGUUGGAGAGAAGCCCCCCAAGGAUGAAUCUGCCAAUGAGGAGCCAGAGGCCAGAGUCCCAGCCCAGACUGAAUCUGUGCGAAGACCCUGGGAGAAGAACAGCACAACUUUGCCAAGGAUGAAGUCAUCAUCUUCAUUAAUCUCCUCUGAGGCCCACCCCUCUACACCCAGCUCCAGUGAUGAGUCAGACCUGGAGAGGGUGAAACAGAUAGACAUCCGCCACCGAUCUGAGUUGGCAGGCGCCUGGAACGUAUUUGCCAACCUGGCCUUUGUCCAGGAGCUGAGGAAGCGGGGUUCCCCCUGA